UUCUCAUCUCUGGUAAAACGAUAUGAUCAGUGGGCUGUUAAGGAGGUUAACUUUAGAAACUUCUGUUUAACUACCUGGAAUGAAAGGGUUGCCGUUUUGUAGCCCGAUUUUCAGGCUUAUUUUGAACGUUACCGUAUCAGAUCUAAAAAACUGCAAUAUGUGACGUAAAGUAACAUUUGUAACUCAGAAAAAGGUGUGUUGUGUACGUGCCAGUCACGGUGCGCUGCUGGAGCUCCGUCACGGGAUUGGACAAGCGCAGCCUUUAACUAAGGUCUGCCCGCGCGCCGGACGCCUGCUCCGGGCUCUUAGUUGCAGCGAGAGCUCAGUACAAGUAACGGGACCACCGGACAUGUCACGGACAGAACUUUCUCUGCUUUUUCAUAAAGUCCUAAAGUCGAUCAUAAAGUGAAAUGGUCACCCCGGCAACACCGACCGCUUCGGCCCCACCGCUAACAACGGACAAUCUUACAGUCAUCGUGGCUUCCAUCUGCUCUUUAGUAUUUUUACUGGUGGUCUUGAUGCUGUUGGCCAUCCUUUAUCGCAGAGAUCCGCUUUGCUGCAAAGCCAGGCACAAUCCGGAGACCCAGCCGUACCCGGACGCACCGCCUUAUUACAGCAGCAGGCAGACCUUAGUGGGCUCACCGUAUCAGGAGCAGCCAGUGGAGGCAGCCCCCGACAGCAGUGCCCAGCGCCCGGAGCAGCUCUUCGUGGUGGGUCUGCCUAACACCUACCGACUGCCAGCCCUGGAGCUGCCUCUGCCGCGACUGCCCUCCUACGACAGCGUCCGUAAACGGGACCGCCAGCGCUACAUCCACAUGCUGAUCGCCCACCGCUUCGGCCUGUACGCCUCCACCCUGACGGAGGUACGUACCCGUCUGUACGCCUCCACCCUGACGGAGCCUCCUCCAACUUAUGAGGAGUCCAUCCGUCAGUCUGUGGAGGUCAACUGGGAGAAUCUGGAGCAUGCCGACACCAACCUACCAGCCACCCUACCACAUUCUCACAGUCUGUCUGUUAGCCGCAACUGAUCGAGCGCAAGGGCCUCUCUACUGCCCUCUGCUGUAGAAGCUUGAGUAGCACAGCCGCUGGAAAAAAAUACCUUCGGACUGAUGACGCUAACAUGCAGGUGGUACAUUAACAGCUGGAUUUUUCACUGGUGCCAAGAUCAGUUCUGAUGAACUAAAUGAAUCGUCAACAUUACUACCAAAAGGUGCAUAAAUGCAAAAGCCACUUUGAGACUUUUUAUAUUUGAAUAUUUAUCAACUGCCAGGAAAAACGGACUUGUUUCCUCUUACACGAAUGGGCUAAAAUAAGAGCUUUACCUUCCCGCGAUGGUACUAAAGUACUUGUGUUGUUCCUUGAUGGAGAGUCGAAAAGUAAUAAAGUAAACGUGAGACGGCAUGCGCUGAAGUACUAGGAAGGUACAUUUCCAACCAUAUUUAAAGCUUAUUUUUCCUGAAGGCAGAACAACAGAAUGGGUUUUGAAAUGUCAGACACAGUACAAUUAUUUUUAUAGUGAAGACAUUGGACAAGUGGGUAUAGAAAAUGGAUGGAUGGAUAGAUGAUUUGAAGGAUGGAUGGAUACACUCUAAAAAAAGGGUUAAAAUUUGUACCUUUGCUUGUACCCUUAGCUGUAGAUUAAUGUACCUUUUUUGACUCUGAUGAACAUUUCUGUACCAGUGAUGGUACAUUAAUGUUGUUUGUACCUCUGGGAUGUUCCUCAGAGUCCAUUUCUGUACCUUAAAAGGUAUAAUUACAAGGGUACAGCCCCAGUGACAAAGGUACAUAUUUUACUCCUUUUUUUCUGAGAGUGUAUAAGAGCAAGGUAGAAAAUGUUGAACCAAUGAAAUUCCCUUUUAUUUUCAAUGAAAUUGCUUUUUGGAAUAGUUUUUAAGUAAAAAAAAUCAGCAUUUUUUAUUAUAUAUUCUGUAUGUGUGCACUCAUGUGUUUGUUGAUAUUUUUAUUAAUUACUAAGGGGCAACUUGUUAAAUGAAGUACAUUUUCUAUUGUUUUAAUAAAAUGUAUUCUAAAAAAAUAAAUCAAUUUUAAUAUAUGUUA